GAAUAACUAUAUUUCUGUCUAAUUGAAUCUAUGCGCGUCUGGGAAAGGUAGUUUUCUGAAAAAACAAACAACGCAAUUUAUUCUGUAGUGACCCAAUUGAUGAAAUUUAAGAGGGCGAACAGGAGUCAUCUCACCGUCCAUUUCCAAUCUUGUUUUGGUUUUUUUUUUUUCUCACUGGGAGUCUGGGACUGAAAGAAGCAUGGAUAGAGAUGAGAGAGAGAGAAAGAGAGAGAGAGAGGUGGUAUAAGGAACAAGAAGAAGGAGCAGAAGAAGAAGAAUCCACACACAGAACAGAACUUUAACAGGCGAAAAGAAGUCCAACCCGUAAAACCCAUAACAACAAGAGCCUCUCACAACGCGGGCAAAAGUAAUUUCAAUUACUCUAGAUUUAUAGAGAGAAAGAGAGAAGGAUCUGGGAUCUCUUUUGUUUUGGUGAUUUUUUUUCUGUUACCCCGAGAAUCCCUUCUUUGUGCCUGGAGCAGCAAAUCUUUUAAUUUGUUGGGUAGUUUGAGAAAGAUCUUCUUCGGUUUCUUCGUUGUAGUCAGAAUUCUUGAGGUAUGGAGACAGGGGAGAGGAAUCAGACAACGUGUAAACCCUUAGAACCUGAACUUUUCUUACAGUGGGGAAAUAGAAAGCGAGUCAGAUGCGUGAGAGUCAAAGACCAUGAAAUAUCUGCUAGACUAAAUGGUGGAAUACGGAGGAAAAUCACAUCUAGCUUUGCUUCUGAGAAGAAAAGCUUCCAUCUUCAGCCCAAUCGGCUCUCCAGGAAAUCGUCCCAUCUCAUCUAGCGAACAGGGCAGAAAGAAUUACUUUCCCGGAACAAGGAAAUAUUUAAUAAAAGGGCGUAUUUUUCGGAUAUUUGGUUGCAGGAGUACGGAGGGAAGUACGCUGCGGAAAUCGGCGUUGCUGGAGAAGGAGAGGUAUUAUAGCACGAGAGGGUCAGUGAUUGUGGAGGAAAAUGGGAAGGUAUCGGUGGAUCUGAAUAAUAAUGGGAUUGGAGAAGAGAGAGGGUUGGCUUUGCCAAAGCUGUGUAUCACUCUGUCGAGCAAAGAGAAAGAGGAGGAUUUUAUGGCUAUGAAGGGUUGUAAGCCUCCACAGAGGCCUAAGAAGAGGGCCAAGAUCAUCCAAAGAAGUGUACUUUUGGUGAGUCCUGGGGCAUGGCUGACUGAUAUGUGCCAUGAGAGAUAUGAAGUUAGAGAGAAGAAGAAUUCUAAGAAGAGACCAAGAGGAUUGAAGGCCAUGGGGAGUAUGGACAGCGAUUCAGAAUGAGAGAUGCGUACGAUGGAUUUGCAGUCGCAGAGGCACUUUCCUUUGGAAAUUUUUAGAAGCUCGCUUGGAGGUAACAGUGGCGUGUGGCUAACUUAACAGAUGUUUUGUUUUUUGGUACCUUAAGGGUGGAUGGAAGGCGUUUCUGUUGACACGAAAAAUUCUGAUCUAUAGCUGAGAAAUCACUUUGUAUUUUUGUAUUUUGGUUUCCAUAUUGAUAUAUAGUCUUGGUCAGAUCUCCUCUCUUCGCCCUGUUGGGUGAAAAUAACACUUGCCAAUUGAAAUUUUUAAA